AUGUCCUGGUCCAACAAGGUUCUCCACGACAAAUUUUUCAAACAGGCAAAGAAAGCCGGAUAUGUGUCUCGAGCAGCAUUCAAGCUGAAGGAAAUUCAGGACAAGCACAAAAUUAUCAGCCCCGGUGGAUUUGUGCUUGAUUUAGGAUGUGCACCUGGGGCCUGGCUUCAGGUCGCCUGCCAGGAGCUUGGCCCCAGAAAACGGGGUGGACUUGUGUUGGGGGUUGACAUACAGGAUGUGAAGAUUCCACAGAAGUUCUGUGAUGACCGAGUUCGAGUUUUGCAGGGAGAUGCACGUGACCUGACACCCCAAAUGCUGAGAGAGCAUGGCCCUCAGGGUUUUGAUGCCGUUCUGUCUGAUAUGCUUCCCCCUACAACAGGCCAUGCAGAGAUUGAUGUGGAGAGGUCCGCAGAAUUGGCCUCGGUUGCAUUGCACAUAGCUGUGGGAUAUUUGUUUGACAAAUUUGAGGAGGAACGGCCCCCAACAGACGAAAGUGGUGUUCUAAAGGCCAAGGGAAGCCUGGUGAUGAAGAUUUUCGAGGGUUCGGGUACUGGAGAGAUUGUCGCUGAUGCCAGGAAGUACUUUGAAAAAAUCAGCCGCGUGCGACCACAGGCAACUAGAAAGACUUCAAGGGAGUUCUACCUGGUGUGCAAGUCGCGGAAACCUGCAGGCUAG